AUGCGGCAGUUAUGUUCGGAUUUGAGAAAAAUCAUGAUGCCCUACACUGCUAAAGAGUUGAAUGAGAGUGGUUCUACAAAAAUUGUAGAUUAUGUUGAAUUUUCCAAACAAGCUCAUGUAACUCACUUGAUAACCUUGACCAGUAGUAUUUCUAUGGCUGCCUUGAAUAUUUGUAGACUUCCUAAUGGUCCUACUUUGACUUUUGAAAUUCAAAAUUAUUGCACCAUGAAAAAUUUGAGAAGUUUCUUCCAUAAGGAGUUGAAUCAUCAAAUUUCGUGUGAUGAAGCAAGUUAUUUUAAAGAUCCAGCCAUUUGUAUUUUGAAUAACUUUACAAGUACUGAGAGUCAUGUUCAACUCAUGUCAUUGACAUUUCAAAAUAUGUUUCCACCAGUGGAUGUGAAAUCGUUUAAACUUUCUCAUGUGAAACGAGUUGUGUUAUUUAACUAUGAUGAAGAGGAUGAAACCAUUGAAAUGAGACAUUAUGGCAUCAAGAAAAAUUCAGAUGUCAUUACUCCAUUCAGAGCUAAUACGUUAAAGAAGAGCGCUUCCAAGAAAUUAAGCGAGGUGAGAAAGAAACUCGAUCGAGCCAAAGAAGAAUUGCAAGCACUCUAUAAAAAGAGAAAGGACAUGAAACAAAAACUAGGAAAGAAAGCCGAUGACAAGUUAUUGGAUAAAGUCAACAAGGUGGAUGACCUUUCCGAUCCAUAUGUGAGUCUCGAAGCGGAUAUUGCACUUAAGGAAAAGACAGUCUUGCAAUAUUCUGAAAAGGAGACACUCUACAAGAAGGAACUUGACGAAUUGACUCAUGUGAAUCAAUUGUCGAAUCCAUCAUCAUCGGCCAGUUCAUCCAAUGUGCCCACCAUGAAUAAUUUCCAAGCCGAGUCAAUUGAAGUGGAUGACAUGUUUGAGGCCAAUAGUAGAACCAAGGUCAAGAUUCGUCUCGAAGAAGUUGGACCAAGAUUGACUCUCAAACUACGAAAAGUUGUUGAGGGCGUGUUUGCAGGUGAGACCAUUUAUCACUCCGUGUUUGAAGAUAAACCAGAGCACGUGAAAGAGGCUGAGAGACAGGAACGUGAAGAAAAGAAGAAGCUGAAAGAAGAACGAAGACUACAACAAGAAGAAAAUGUGCAAAGAAAGAAGAGAGAAAAAGAGGAGAAGGUGGAAAAGCAAAAAUCAGCCUUCUUGAAGAAAUUCCAAGAAUCACUUGAACAAGAUCCAGACCUUUUGAACGAUGAGAACGAUCUCGCACCAGCAGACGUUGAAAGUGACGACGAGCAAGACAUGGAAGAACAAGAUGAUGUGCCAAGUGAAAUUGCUGAGGGUGACGAAGAAGAGGAUGAGGAAAAUUUCCAAGAUGAAGAAUAA